AUGCCUUCCUUCAAGACCAACGCUCUCCUCUCCGCCGUUGCUGGCGCCGCCUCCGUCAUGGCCCACGGCCACGUCGAGAGCAUCAUCGCCGACGGCACCCAGUACGAGGCUUUCGGCCUGUCCAACGCCUACAACGCCAACCACGCUCCCCUCGUCGGCUGGUCCACCACCGCCCUGGACAACGGCUUCGUCGCCCCCUCCGCCUUCGGCACCGGCGACAUUGCCUGCCACCGCGGCGCCACCAACGCCGAGGGCACCGCCGUCGUCGCCGCCGGUGGCGAGAUCUUCCUCCAGUGGGACACCUGGCCCGAGUCCCACAAGGGUCCCGUCAUCGACUACCUCGCCUCGUGCGGCAGCGGGCAACGGCUGGCUCGUCAAGAUCCCCGCCACCCUCGCCGCCGGUGA